AUGUACAAGAUCUUUCUAGUUGCCGCUUUGGUUGCAAUGGUGUCCGCCCGACCACAAGAAGGCCAUGGUCAUGACCACCACCACGGCCACGCCUCCUCAUCACAGAGCAUCAAGCAGUACCACGGAAAAGCCACAGAGAAACACGUCGAGUAUUAUUCUCACCCUAAGUACGAGUUCGCGUACAAAGUGGUGGACCGUCACACCGGCGACAAGAAAUCUCAGCACGAGUCUCGUGACGGUCACGUCGUGAAGGGCGUGUACAGUCUGCAUCAACCCGACGGCACCGUCAGGAUCGUCGAGUACCAUGCUGACAAGAAGACUGGAUUCAACGCCAACGUGAAGUACGAGGGUCACUCUAAACACAUCGUCCCUGAACACCAUCAUCACCACUGA